AUGCCUGAACCAGUGAAAUCCGCCCUGAAGAAGGGCUCCAAGAAGGCAGCAUCCAAAGCAACCAAGAGCGGCAGGAAGAGGAGGGCCAGGAGAAAGGAGAGCUACGUCAUCUACGUCUACAAGGUGCUCAAGCAAGUGCACCCCGACACCGGCAUCUCCCCCAAGGCUACAGGCAUCAUGAACUCCUUUGUCAGUGAUAUCUUUGAGCACAUCGCCGGGGAGGCCUCUCGUCUGGCUCACUAUAAUAAGCGCUCCAUCAUCACCUCUGGGGAGAUCCAGACCACCGUCCACCUGCUGCUGCCUGGAGAGCUGGCCAAGCACGCCGUGUCUGAGGGCACCAAGGCCGUCAUCAAGUACACCAGCUCCAAGUAA